UGUGUGUGUGUAUGAGUGGGAGAGAGACAGAGAGAGAGUGGUGUGUGUUUGUUUGUUUGUUUGUUUUUGAUUUACAGCAUGAAAAUGGUGUUGCAAGUGUAUUCUCAUCUCUUAACAAAUGUGUUGCAGGAGAUUCAGCAGCAGCAGCAGCAUGGAACAUGACUCCAGCGAGAGCUUGACCAGAUCCAUACGGCGACGACGGAGGCGAGUGAGAGAGCCACAUCGAGACACGCAGAGUUGCUUGAAUCAAGCACAGCAAGGCAAAGAAAGGCACGCAAAGCAAGCACAAGAAAGGUGGGUGUGGUGGGUGGGUGCGAAUUGUGUGACUAUGUUUGCAGUGCGCCGUGAUGGGAAGGCAGGCACAAGGGCGAGCAAGCAAGCAGCGAUGGCUUCUUCACGGCGUUAACGAGGAGGAGGAGAAGUGUUCAGUCAGGAGUGUCAGAACGUGGAGAUGGUUGCAGAAGAAGAAGAAGAAGAGCCUGCUGGCUGGCUGGCUGACUGGCUCAACCAGGCGGAGGUCACGAACUUGGCCUGGCCUGGCCUGGGGGGGAUGAUGAUGACAGAUUGCCAGCACCCCACCCCCCACUUUGCAACACGUUACUUACAACCCUUCAGUGUCAAGGGGGUUCGGUCCGAACGCACUGCGCCAAUAAUACAAAGAUGCUCAGAGAAUGACAUGUAUGGUUGGCACACUCCAGCAGCGAAUGAUUAGACGUCGGCAUUAUAGGAGGUGGGGGUGAGGAGGGGGAGGGAAACAGGAGAAAAACCCGCAGUAGCCGAGGGAAUAAAAAAAAUAAAAAAAAUAAAAAAAGAACAGAGGGAGAGAAAGAGAGUGAGAGAGCGAGUGAGAGAGAGAGAGAGAGAAAGUGAGUGAUAUAGAUAAAAACCCAGCGGAAAAGGAUCUCGCCUUCCCCUCUGCCUCUGACGGUUGCGGACAAAGGGAAAUGCUGCUCAGUCUGUAAUUUCAUUAGGAGAACACUGUGCAGUGAGCAGCAGCCGGAUCCGGCUCUGGCUAUGGCCAUAGCCACGUCCACGAUGGCUGUGGCGUCUUCCCCUGCUACAUCGCCAUUUGCUCCCCGUUCCUGGAAACUCGUCGCCAGUUCAGCAUCGCUGGGGCCCCGCGUACGUGUGUCGAGGUCAGAUCCAAGCUUUUGGAAAAGCUUGCGAAGUGGGUAUGUGGGGAGUUGGAGAUCGAGGGAGGUGAGGUGCUGCACAACGUCAUCGUCGUCGUCUUCGUCAGCUGCAGCAGCACCACCACCACCAGCGACCCAAGAGCUGCCAAGGAAGCUGCAGGAGAUAGUGCGCAUGUUUCAGAGUGUGACCGAGCCGAGAGCGAAAUGUGAGCAGUUGUUGCUGUAUGCCAGCAAGCUGAAACCGCUCGCGGAGGAGCAUAAGCAGCCGGAGAAUCGUGUGGAGGGGUGUGUGUCGAACGUGUACAUUGUGUGCGAGGUGAAGCCCGAGGAUGGGAGAGUGUACCUGGAGGCCGAGUCGGAUGUGUUGCUGACGAAAGGGUUGGCGGGGUUGCUGGUGGAGGGGCUUUCUGGCGUGAUGGUGGAGGAGGUUUUGAAUUUGACGCCCGAGUUUGUUCACAUGCUAGGGCUGAAGCAGAGCUUGACGCCGUCACGCAGCAAUGGCUUUCUCAACAUGUUGAAGCUGAUUCAGAAGAAGACGUCGCAGCUUAAUUCGAAUUAUGUGUCACCAUCGACGAUAACCGCCGACAAUGCUCAUGAUACUGUGCCCAUCACCUCCAUCAAAACCAAAGACGACCGCUCGGAUACUGCUUCCCUUGCCUCAGAGCACCCUGCCCUGUUGAAGAAGAAAAAACACGUUACUGAGAAGAAGAAGCUUACUGAAGGGUUAACCGAAUAGGCUCAUCCGCGACGCAUUUCAGCAGUGAAGGCUGUGUUGGACCGAUCCCAAGGAUGAAGACUUGCUGCAGGAUGAGCUUCGGGAAGGUGGUGUGUGCAUGCUCUCUUCCUCAACACCGUGACACCAGCUGAGGCUGCUACCAAGUCCUAGACCCUGGGAGUAAUUGUGUGCUCUAGUAUCCGAUCCCCAGUCAAUUGAGGCGGAAAGUCCUACUUUUCAAGUGCGAUGUAAAUAAGCAAUUAUCUCCACCAGGAGUCUUCCUUUGCUGAUGGAGCUCCUCAAUUCAUCUAACGCAUUUUCUCGUCGCGAAUAUAAUGCUCUUGAUUAACCGGUGACUGACUUACAGGCGUAUAUGCAGUUAUGGCCUUUUCCCAUGCAGGGUUAAGGCUGUAGAUACUCUUUAGUAGCUCCAUAAAUGCGGACGGAGCUCAAAAAUUAGACGUGGAAGUCAUUUUAGUUUGUAUAGGAUGGAGAAGAUUCAGAUCUGCAACGGUGGAGCAUUUCUCAUGCUGUAGAUCACUAUGGUUUUGCAAGAACCAUCAACUUGUCACCGUUUUGUGGACAGAUGCCUUGUUUGAAUGCUAAAAUAAGUUUUUCGAUGACGGUA